AUGGCAGCUUAUGGUCCUCCCAUUGCUGGACCCGUGACUUUUGAAAUGGCCACCCCGGAGACAACCAGUUGCCCGCAAGUGGUGACAACUUUUCCGUGGCCCGGUGAAGUCAACGUGAAGCCAGGUUUGGACUACAUCGUCCUUCACUUUGACCGUUGUGUACGGCUGCAGGAAAAGGAGACGGCAACCCUCGUCGGAUCUGGAACUCCAGAUCAAGCAACCUCUCGUCGGCUCGGCGAAGCUCCGCCAGGUUUCGAGCUUCCAAGUCUGAGCGAUGCAGUCUGCCGACACGACCUGGUGUCGGCUUCUCUUCCGGUCUCGGAGGUGCGAAUGCCUGGAAGAACCCUUAUCUUCCGACCUGACAGAGAUCUGAAACCUGGAUGCUGCUACACCUUCCACUUGGAUAUGGAGGCAGUGAAUUCGUGCAGCAGCCAAACACCCUUGUGCGAGGACCUGCAGCUCGACUUUUGCGUGAAGUGGCCAUCCCCGAAAGCCACCACAUGGCUACACGACGAUCGCUUCCUUCAGGUGGUCUUCAAUGCGGCCGUGAACCUGAAUGGAACCUCGCGCCGGAUACAGCUGCGAGCGGGACCCGAAGCCGAGGUCCUCCCGGAAGGUGCUGGGCCUGGGCAAGAAGCGGAGCGGGUGACGGCUUUGUUCACCCUGCGGCCCAGCAAACGCCUGUACUGGAUCUACGGAGACGGCAACUUUACAGGAGUUGGCGCAGUAGAUGACAACAUGGAUGGCACAGGCUCUCUCUUGGAGCAGCCUGUGUACUGUGCCCAUGUACCGCACGGGCAGGCUGCUGGGAUACAGACUUGCGAAGAUCAUCGCAGCUUUGAGGUGGACAUUUGUGAAGUGGAAGGAAACUGUCCGGACAAAGAGAAGCUUCCCUGUGGCAUGAUUCUCGAAGCGGAUUUUCAGGCCGGCAUGGCCAUCAGCCGCGGGGUAGUCAGCCGGACGAUGACCCAGACACAUCACACACGCAGCUGCCAUCCUCCGGAGCUGCUCAAGACACUCAGGAUAAGUGGCGAUGGGAAGACUCUUUUCUUCUCCUGGUCUCAGCCGGCCGAGGUCGCUGACCCACGAGCCAUGCUGAGCCUGUGCCAUGCCGGAGAACAGAUGCACUGCAUCCUCGAAGGUUUGGCGAUCGGCGAUCCUGCAGUCACUCCGUGCAUUGCUGGACCUGCCAGCUGCAGCGAGUGGUCAGUAGACCUGCAGCACGCGAGCAGCAGGCCGUGUGGAAGGCUUGAACUUCGCAUCGACCGGGGGGCUGUUCGUGAGGUCGGCCAGCAGAGGGCAUCGAAGGAAGCCCACGCUGCGAUGGAACAUCCUGCCUCGUGCUCCUCUGUGGCUUUUGAUGAGGGCCCGAGGUCCGGUGUAGCUCGGUGUUUUUUAGUGCACGAUGGCCUGAUGUUGGACAAAGGGCCAUCCACUCCGAACUUGUUGAGCGAUCUGGGCAAAGCUCACAUGGAUGUCUCGACUGUCUCCCUGGCGGACUUUUGGAGAAGAGUUUCAGACGGGCCUCGGUCCACGCCCUGUGUGAUUAUUCCCAAAGUGGACAAGAAGUUUUGGCUUGGGCAUGAGCGCCUUCUUUUUGACUAUGUCCUCCACGGUGGCCAGCUGUAUAUUACUGGUGGUCACUUCAAUCGGCGGGCGCUACAUGACGUUUUCGGUUUUAAUCUGCAGCAUGCUCACUCUGGCAACGUGCAGUAUCUGCAAGACGGGCACAGAAGUGUGGCGCCACAGUGCUCAGACAAGUGGUUGAAGAUGCUUCCCGUGCUCAAUGCAAUGACCGCUGUGAAGUUGCCUCCACGUGGCCAAGCUUUCGGCCAUACCGUCACUGCGACGGGACUCUAUUCAGCUCAAGAGACGUCCUCAAGCUUCAACAGCUUUGGGCUGGUAGACUUGCAGCUGGGUGGAGGCAAAGCCGCUUACUUUGCUUUCGACUGGCACGACGACGUGUCACAGGAGAGGCGUGCUUGGGCGAUAACUUUCGCCAUGCUCGCCGAAUGCAACGCAGAUCAGGUCGAAGUCAGCGAAAUGCCGGUGGACUCAAGGGCGCGAGGAUGGCAGGCACCAGCCGCACCCGCUCCAAGAAUGCAAAAGGUGUCGUACGAAGGGUCACAUUCUGCAAGUGGUAUGCCUUAUCAGUCCAUGCAGUUCGGACCGGGGAACAGACAGGUGCCGAAUCCUGGAAAGCAUCGGGAAGGAGCUUCGUGGCCGCGCAGGCUGCAGGAAGAAGGUCAGGCACUUGAUGCUUGGGAAGAGGCAUCGCUGACUGGCGACCCUGUGGAACCGGAUUUGGAGGUCCGACCGGAUCCCAGUAGAAAGCAGCGUUUUGCAAAGGAGUCCAUGGCUGGGACCGGCCAGCGGAUACAGCGCUUGAGAGCGGCAAAGCUUGACAUCCAGCAGUCUCCACGCGCUCCUGCUAUGCUGCCGAUUCUUUUUGUUUCUGCAGCAGUGGCGAAUCGAGUUUCUAAUCGUGUUCUAUUGGCACCGUUGCUGCGUCAUACGUAUUUCCUUGCUCUCACGACUACCCUGGCGCAACUGUCCAUCUACUGUGUCUGGCUGUGGCGGAGUUUUCGCCAAGGACAGAUCACAAAGCCCAUGCGGGACUAUGCCAUGUCCAAUCCCGUGUUGCUGGGAGCCUUCGGCCUCUGCGAGGGAGCCUUCUUCCCCUUGGUCUUUUACUCGGCGGCGAGGCUGCCUGGAAGCUUGGUCCAAGUCCUCAACCAGAGCCUCAUACCAUUCACUGUGCUUUUCAGCUUUAUCUUUCUGAGCCGGCGCUAUGACAGGAUCCAACUCCUGGGUGUUUUGGUUGUUCUUUGCGGCGUGACACUAUUUACGUCCUUGCCUCGCAGCACGGGAUCGUCCUCAGUGUUCGUCAUUCUCUGCAUUGCAGCCUAUGGGCUCCAAGCAGCGGCCAUGGUCGUCAAGGAGAGUGUUUUCGUUCAGUUCUCACAGAAGCAAGCGCGAGGCGGUUCGGAGUCGAGUCCGUUUGAUGCUUCGCUUUUCCUGACCAUCGGCACUUGCUGCCGCUGUGCCGUUCAACUGCUGGCCUGGCCGCUGUUUCUGCAAUUGGUGUCUCCAGGCCUCGGCAUCAGGAGCAGUGCGACUGCCGGUGCGAUGGCAAUGAUGCAUCCUGCUGUUCUUCCCCUGACGAUCUUCUACAUCAUGGCGAAUGUUGGCAUCAGCAUCACUGCUCUGCUGCUUGUGCAGAAGUCAUCAGCAUCGACCGUAGUUCUUGCCAAUGUGGUUGCGCUGCCACUGUCGGCGCUGCUCUUCUGUCUUCCAUUGCCAUCGCUGGAGCGGCAGGUAUUCCAAUGGCGAUUCGCGGUCAGUCUCUUGCUGAUUGUUCUGGGGAACUUGCUCUACAGCCAUCGUUCAUUGCUCAGUGAAGCCGAUGCCAGCAGCUGUGACGGCAUUCGAGAGAAGAUGCUGGAGAACCUGGUGACUCCUGAGUCAGGUUUCUAUGCUGCCCUGGCGCCUGACAUGUCGCUCCAUCUCCUGCAUUUUGCUCCGCCGCACAUCAUCCGAGCCCUCUCCGAUUGCCCGCCGAUCGAGAGGAUCGAAGAGUCAGUGCUCCAGAUGAAUGCCGCCUGCGACUUCCGGGAUGCCAGAGGUGAUGCAUCGGAAGGCUUAUACACAAGCUCGACAGCUUUCCUGCGAUUGCAUCUUUUCCAAUCGCAACUCGGGGUGGAGAUGCUGAGCCAACAUCUGCAGAAGCAGGUCUGCCGGCGACCUUUGUGCAGAGGCUAUGCAGAGAUUCUGCGCCAACGUGUCAGGGGAUGUCCGGAGGACGCAGGGCACAAGGGUGUCAUCGCGAGAGUGGCUCGAGCUGUUGACACUACCAUGGCUUCAUGCCUGGAGGUCCACAGCGCCAGCCACGGCGAUGCUACUCACUCGGAAGUCUCGUCUGGUGGUGGAGCCCUUGCCGGGGUGUGGUCCAGCGAUAUGAGCGAGAAGAACCACGUGUUGAUAUCAGGCAUCGAUACAGGCAGCGCCGCGGAAAUGCGUGCUGUGGAAGCUGCCGUUGGCAGGAUCUUGGCCGAUGAGUUGCAGCUUCCACUCUUUGCCUUCGAGGAGCGUGGGCAAAGCUUCGCCGAUAUCUUCGAUCCACUUCUGGGAGGGCCGAACGUGUUCACCGUCACUGAAUCUCGCCUGCGUGUCGCCGCUCAGCUUACGCCAUUGCCAAGUGGGGAGCCUUUCGACGAGUCAGUUGGACGCUUCAAUGAGCCAAAGCAGGAGAUCCCUGUGCAGCAGAAUGCCUAUUUUGCCGAGCAGCAUAACCUUCAAAUGCUUGCAAUCCAACCUCGGUGGAACGAACAAGGCAUUGAUCCAUCGCGGCUGAGGAUUCGAAUCAUCUUCGAGGAAGUCGUGACGAAAGAUGAUCCGUCCGCGGUCAUUCGGAUAUUCCCAGUGGCCUUGCGAGAUAUCUGUUCGAGCCUGCAGCCGGAUGACGAACUCCAGUGGCAGAUGUUUCCGGCAGACACCGGUCUUGGGUCUCUCAAGCCUGCCAGUGGUGGAUCCGGCGCUGGUCCCUUGGACAGCGUGCCCGUCGGAUUCGUUUGUCACGUCAUAGCAGCUGGAGAUGAUGUUCAGGUCCUUGCAAGUGGCGAGGUGCUGCAGAUAGAACUUUCGCAGCCUCUUCUCCGCAACACCGAGUACGUGGUUUUGCUGCCGCCACGCAUCGUGAAAGCCGCCAUGGGCAGUACGACCUUCCCAGGUGCUCUUUGGGAGGGUUGGCCAAGCGAGGAAGGCCAAGACAACCAGGAGUAUGUCUUCACCACGGGAACCCCCAAAGUGUCCAAUGCCAGGCUUUCCAUUGCCGUCAGCUGCAGUUCCGAGGAGGAGUGCGAACGGCAGAGGCGCCUGGUAAGCGAGCAAGGUAUGGAGGAUCUUGCGAGCCGCGCAUCCUGUUUCGCAGCCUGGUUCCGCUGCAACCAGGAUCCGGUUGCACAGAAGCAUUGCGAAAUUCCUGACCAAAGUACGCAGUGGUGUGACCCCCAUGGCAGCUGGGCACCUUCUUGGUCUCCACCGCGGAAAAAGCAGGAUGUUCAGUUGAGCAGCGUCCCAGAUCAGGCCGUCUCGGAGGUGCAAUCAAUCUACUUGCCGAGUUGGGUUUACAUUGUAUCCCUAGCCGCCUGGGUACAGGGCACCUUUGCAACUCUGCGAGCAGCCUGGUGGGUGAGCGACCUCUACACACAGAGCCGCGACUUCGACCCGUACGUCGCACAGGGCAGCCGCAGCUUGCCCUUGAAAGCCUGCGCAGUCUCCAUGGCAAUUCCGCUGUUGGUCGGCAUGAUUGGCGCAGUCUUUGCUGUUCCCGUCUUUCGAAUUGCUGUGCACGGAUUGUGGAGCCAGGGCGGUAGUAACCAGCAAGGCGCUUUGGUUGAUGCUGAGCGGCUUCACCAUCAAUUAGCAGCUGCGUUCACAGUGUGCUUCUGUGCGAGUGAGGCCUUCACAGCUGUUUUCGCCUACAGCCUCAUCGCCCGCUUCAAAAGUUGGGUCGCAGACAAGGCCGCAACCUUCACAAACUCACGCUGUGGUCCGUUCUCCAGAUGUAGAAUAAGAAAUUGCAUGGCAAGGAUCUUGCAUCCUGAAUCCAAUCCGCUCUGA